AUGGAUGGUGCUGGCAAUAUUACAUUUUGGGGUUAUAGUCCUAGUCUUUGUCUAACGAAAUAUGUCGACAAUCAAUCUAAUGAUCAACCAAUUCGUCUUCUAUUGCUUGGCAGUGGUGAUAUUCGUCAUGUACUUCAUACAUUAGCAUUCACAACAUCACCAAUACAUAUUUACAUGCUUGAGUCUCAAUUAGAAGUUUACGCACGUCAUUUACUCUUCCUUCAACUGGUGUUUACUUCCAUUGAUCAAAUAGGUUUACAAGAAAAAUGUGAACACUACUUAGAAUUAUUUGCUAACUUACAUAUCAACACGCACACUGAACAAUAUCUAAAAGAAGCUGCAACACAACUUAUUCAACAUGUUACAAACAUCAAUGGACAGUUUCAAUUAGCAUCCAAUGUUACAAUUGACGUGUCCUUGUUGAAAUAUAAGGAGAAAGACUUUCUUGAAGGUAUCUUCCAAUUCUGGCGUGCACCACCGGCGAAACAACCUUUCCCAGCGGAACUAGCUUGGGAUGGUCGUGUUCGCCAGUAUUUAGCUCGAUACGAUACUCGUCGCAAUGCAUUCGAUUGGGAUUUACAUAUGAAAUUGGCUGAACGUGGUUUCAAACGAUUGAAUGCGCAAGAAUAUGGCGAUUGGCGGGAGAAAGGUCUUGCUUUCCAUUUAAAUCGACAAGAUUACACCCAACCGAAUCGAACACUAGCAUCUGCCCAUGUUUUUCAAAGUACUGAUGGAACAAAGCAGGCCCGUCGCGGAUAUUGGGGUGAUAUUCUUACAGGCCCAUUUGUUGCUCAUGGCCUCGAACCUAUCGAUAAUGACGAUCCGCAAAUGCAAUCGAAAGCAAAUGAUAAAUUCGUUAAGACAGCUACAGAUGUGUCUGAAUACAAUGUGUUGAAGCUAAUCGACCAAGUUCAACUGCAAAAUAAUCAGAUAAAGAUCAUCUUUCUACCGCUGAAUAGCAUCGCAGAUUUGUGUACAGCCAGUACGCAACGAUAUCAGAACUUGCAAUUUGAUUUAAUCUAUGUUGGUUGUGGCUUAACACAUUAUUUAAACGAACAAGGUGAACAUUUUUCAUCAUCAAUUAUGUCAAGAGGAUCAACGCUUUUGUUAGAACUACCAACAUUUCUCCUUGAUCUCAAACAAGAUCAAUUAGAACAAUUGGAGAAGCGCUAUGAUGAAUUGGCGAAAACAGCUAAAUGUAUACCGCGAGAUAAUGAAGAAGUGAAAGCGAAUGUAAUCAAGAUUUAUAAAUAUGAUCAAUCAUGA